CCGGAGCCCGGCCCGGGGCGAGGCUUCCUGCGCUCGGCCGCCGCCGCCUUCCCGGGAACCAACCCCGGGCUGCGGCCGCCGGGCGGGGGUGAGCGGGAGAUCGCGCCUUAUGCAACCGGCUCAGGGAGCGGCGAACGCCGCCUCGCCGGCAGCAGCAACAGCCCGGCGCUGUCCGUGAGUCCCGGGGCCGAGGGGGGAGAAGGUGUCCGGCCUCAGCCGUGCGCGGGCAGCGCAGGCAGUCCCGCCCCGCUCCCGCCGGACCGUCCCGCAGGUGCGGCGGGGCUGAGGCGGGCGGGGGCUCCGGCCGUGCCGAGCCGGGGCUGAGGCGGGCGCCGUCGGGGCUCCCUGUCUCCCUUGCUCCCGAGCGGUGUUGGCCCGGGCGUCCCGCUGUGGAGGAGGAGGAGAGGGCGGGAAGAGCCUCAGCCCGUGCCGGCUUUCGCCUCCGCGCCCCGCCCGGCCGUGUGCCCGGCGGCCCGGCUGCGGGGAGAUGCGUGGUUGGGACGACCUUUACCCGCUCCCAGUGCCGCCCUCCUGGGCACCGGGGGCUGCUGUCGGGAUUCUUUCCUUGCACUUCAUCCAGAAGCUCCUCUUCCCCUACUUCUGGGCCGACCUGAGAUACCUGCUCAAAGUGUUGACCUAUGGGCUGAGGAUGGAGAUGUACCGGCUGCAAGGGAGGGUUGUCACCGUCCUGGACAAGUUUAUGAAGCUGGCGGAGAAGCAGCCCCACAAGCCCUUCCUCAUCUACGAAGGGACCGUUCACACCUAUAGGGAUGUGGACCGGAGGAGUAACAGGAUAGCACAGGUGUUCCUGCAGCACGAGGCUCUGAAGAAGGGAGACACGGUGGCCUUGCUGAUGGGGAACGAGCCAGACUUCAUCCACGUGUGGUUCGGACUGGCCAAGUUGGGCUGUGUGGUGGCGUUCCUCAAUUUCAAUAUCCGCCUCAGAUCUCUCCUGCACUGUGUCAGUAGCUGUGAGCCCAAGAUACUGGUUGUGGGAGCAGAUUUGCUUGGGACACUGGAAGAAAUUCUUCCUAAACUUCAAAAAGAUGUCAGUGUUUGGAUAAUGGCCAAGGACUCCACGUUUCCAAGUGUGCACACCUUAUUAGACAAAAUAGAAGCUGCAUCUGAUGACCCUGUUCCAGUUCAUCGAUGCUGUGCCAACAACCUCAAGUCAGCUGUUUUAUACAUAUUUACUUCGGGAACAACAGGUCUUCCAAAGGCUGCAGUGAUUAGUCAUUUACAGAUUCUUAAAGGAGCUGCUGGAUUGUGGGCUUUUGGUGCUACUUCAGAAGACAUAAUUUAUAUCACUCUGCCUCUUUAUCACAGUGCAGCUUCUCUUCUUGGCAUUGGUGGAUGCAUUGAAUUGGGUGCAACCUGUGUAUUAAAAAAGAAGUUCUCGGCUAGUCAGUUUUGGAGUGACUGCAGAAGGUACAAUGUGACUGUCAUCCAGUACAUUGGAGAACUUUGCCGUUACCUUUGCAAUCAGCCAGUGAAGGAAGGAGAAAAAAAUCACAAAGUCCGACUAGCAGUUGGAAAUGGAGUAAGAAAUGAUGUAUGGAGGGAAUUUUUAGACAGAUUUGGUGCUAUUAAGAUCUGUGAGUUCUAUGGUGCUACUGAAGGAAACAUUUGUUUCAUGAACCACACAGGAAAAAUUGGAUCUGUUGGACGCACCAAUUUCUUUUAUAAGCUUUUUUUCCCAUUUGAUUUAAUCAAGUAUGAUUUCCAAAAAGAUGAACCAAUUAGAAAUAAGCAUGGUUGGUGUGAAAAAGUUAAGAAAGGUGAAGCUGGUCUUCUGAUUUCCAAAGUCAAUGCAAAGAACCCCUUUUUUGGUUAUGCUGGCAAUAAAAGACACACUGAAAAGAAGUUACUCUCUGAGGUAUUUAAGAAGCAAGAUCUUUAUUUUAAUACUGGAGAUCUAAUGGUUCAAGAUCAUGACAAUUUUCUGUAUUUUUGGGACAGGAUUGGAGAUACCUUCAGAUGGAAAGGGGAGAAUGUUGCCACUACAGAAGUUUCUGAUGUCAUUGUAAUGUUGGACUUCAUACAAGAAGCAAAUGUGUAUGGUGUGUCUGUGCCAGAUCAUGAAGGAAAAGCAGGAAUGGCUUCUCUUAUUUUAAAGCAGAAUGCAUCAUUAGACUUGGAGCAAAUGUAUAAGCAAGUAGUGACCUAUCUACCAAGUUAUGCUUGUCCCCUUUUCUUAAGAGUCCAGGAAAAAAUGGAAGUGACAGGAACAUUCAAACAACAAAAAUUUCGACUUGUGGAUGAAGGUUUUAAUCCAUCUACAAUUACUGAUCCUCUUUAUUUUUUAGAUAAUUCUAAGAAGGCAUAUGUCUUGUUAACCAAAGAAUUACAUGAGAUGAUCUUAUCUGGGAAAAUUAAACUUUAAUAAUUGACCCUAUAAUAGGCUAUUAAGGGACAGUCUAUACAAGCUAUUGUAUGAAAAAACAAUGCAAUUAAUUACCAGUAUUUUUACAUAGUUAUCCAGAGUAGUGUUUUUUUAUAUUUGAUAUUUACAUUCAGAUAUGUCUUUACUCACUGAGUCAUUAUUUUUCACUAAUCAUUUUUUACCUCUUGAGACAAAUUUCUAAGCAAAUAGCUUUUAAAACAUAACUGAAAUCUAUUUUAUAUUAACUUUGGAAUAUAAAUGCUGAAUCUGAUACUUUUUCUUAGUACUAAAUGAUACAUAGUAUGACACAUGGUAAAAAAAGAAUCAACAUAUAUUGAUAUUGAUAAAGGUAUUAUGUCACAUGUUGCAUCUAGAUGGAGAAUAUGUGCCUGUAACAUUUUUUUUUCUGUAGUUUUCAUAAUUCUGAAUAUGUAUUCUAAGAAGUAAAGGCUUGACACUGGUUGGAAGAAAAAAAAAACUUUUCUGUAGCGGACUUUUCUGAUGGAAUACAAGAUAAAAGACACUGAAGCAGAAGAAUGUCCUCCAAACAAACCCAAAUAAUAAUAUCACUGCUGAGAUUUUUUUCUGUCAUAAUCUGUGCUCUUUCAUGUGUUAAUCUGGCUGCUUGGAGUGUCAAAUUCUGAAGACAAAGCAAACUUGUGAAAUGUUUAGUAGCAGAUCAACAUUAGGCAGAGAAAAUCUGCAUGCUUAAUGGGGAAAAUAAUUUAUAUAGCAUAAAAAGAAUUAUUGCAGCACUUUAUGUCAUACAUAUUGAGUAACAAAUAGCUUUCAUACUCUUAAUAACAACUCCUAGAGAUAAUUAUUUUAUGAGUAUAGAAUGUAGCUGAUUUUUUAAAACACUAGAUUUUGUGUUCUAAUAAUUGCUUUUUCUAAGUUUUAAAAUAAAGUAUAAGAUUAUUUAA